UGAUGUCACACAGCAAGGAGUUGGGAGCAACAGUACUAACUUCCCUCCUAGACUCAGAGCCUACAGGUGGAUGCUGGGGUGGAGGUCGAGCUUUUGAAACUCUAUAGGCCUACAAAUGGCAGCAAGCAAGCAUAGCUUGUAUGAGCAGUGUGGCAGCAGGAUGGCUAAAUAAAUUAACCCUCAGAUAUGACAGCCAAGACCCAAAUUUCUAUGAAGUGUUCAUUAAAAAUCCAGACAGAGACUUCUACCUUUCACUCUUUGACCAUUAUGCAAAGAAGGGUGAACCAGUGUGUGAACCAGUGAGUGAACCAGUGUGGACCUGUGAAAUUCAAGAAGCUGACUAUCCAAACUCUGGUCAUUCAGAAGCUGCAGCAUCAUCAGCUGGACCAGCUGGUGCUACAGUGAGAGCUUUGGGAUCCUCAAGUGGAGCAACUGGUGGAAAUACUUUGACUGAAGGCAGGUCCACAGAGGAACAAAGUGUGGAUGAACUAUCUGCACUGGUCCAGAAAGCAGCAACAAUCACAACGAUUAAAGAGAAGCUUUUGAAAAUGCUGCAACGUUUGAGAGAGGAAAAAUUCGAAGACUUCAAGUGGUUUUUGCAGGACAGAGACCUCAUCCCGGCAGAACUCCCGUGCAUCCCACAGAGCAAACUCGAGAAGGCAGACAGGAAACAUGUGGUGGAUCUGAUGGAGCAGACCUACAGCCAACAAGCUGCAGAGGUGACCAAGAUGCUUUUCAAGAAAAUAAACAGGAACGAUCUGGUGAAGCAGUUGUGAGACACCAGCUCAGGAUCCAAAGCCAAAAACAAUAAACAAAUAAAAACACAGAAGUGGCCUGUUGAGUGGCAAAAACAAUCCCAUUUUUGCUGCUAACCUAAUUAAUUAGAAUAUUACAGAACAUUUGGACCUGAUCAAACAAACAGUUAAAGGAGUAUUUUACAAGUCUUCCCAUAUUUUAUUUUAUUUCUCAGUGAUCCACUCAUCAGUUGCAGCACUACUGCUAUCUCUAGCACUGAGGAGGACAAGAGGAAAUCAAGAAACAGAGCUGUCCAAAGUUUUUAAGACACAAGUGUAAAAUUAUUGCAUCGUGACUAUUUUUAACUAUGAAAACAAAAUGCAACAAAUCAAAUACAGAGGGUGAUUUAUUUUAGCCUUUGUUAUAACAACAAGAACAUGUGAUGUUUAGAUCAGGUGGCUCAUUCAAGUUUUUUAGCAGCAGAGUGUGUGAAAGACUUAAAGUCCUGACAAAUAAUGUAAAUAUAUUUAUCAGUUGAAAGAUCUUAAAGGGAAAAGAGAAAUGAAGAGAAUCAUCAUUUGUUCUGAUGUUACCAAAGAAAAAUCAUAUAACAGUAUUUCAUCUUGAAAAAAUGUUUAUGUUGAUUAUUGAGGUCAUAGUGUUUGGUGAUGUUUCGCAUUAUAUUAAAAGAUGUUUCUAAUAUUCUUCCCCCCUCAUGUAUGUAAACGGGGGGUGGACAAAAUAUUAGAAACACCUUUUAAUAUAAUGCAGUCCAGAACAACAA